UAUCCGCACUUAUUGUUUGUAGAAUGAAUGUUGGAGAUAUUUUUAAUAAUUUUAAUGAGCUUAAGGUAGCAAUUGAAGAAUAUGAAAAAUCAAGAUUUGUAUCUCUUUAUGUUCGAGAUAGUCGAACAAUUGAUUUAGCAAUUAAAAAAGGUUUGCAACGAUCUAUUAAUAAAGAGUUAAAAUAUUACUAUUUAACAUACUGUUGCUAUCAUGGUGGACGCAAAUUUAAAUCAAGAUCAAAAGGGCUUCGUCCAAACCAAAGGUAUUUUUCAAUAAUAAUUAGAGCUAGUCAAUAAAAUCAUGACUUUUUUAACAAUCAUUUUGUCAACUGAAGAUUGCGUUACACUAAAGAUACUAUUUGUAGACUUAUUAUUUAUACAUAGUACCUAUAAAAUUCAAUGUCCGUUAACAAUUUGCAUUGGUGUUACCGAAGAUGGUGAAAGAUUCUGUGUGACAAAAGUUAUUAAUGAGCACAACCAUGCAAUUGACAAAGAAAUAAUUGAAAGACUUCCAAAAGUUAGGAAACUAAAUGAGGAUCAAGAGAAAGAUGUAAAACAAAUGUUAAAGAUACAUGGCAAUAAAUGGCUUAUUCAUGAGCAUGUUCAAAAUGAAACAGGUGACAUUUAUUAAAACUUAGGCAAAGCAAGUUCUAAUAUCCUGAUUGUAUUUGGAGUUGU